AUGCAUUAUGGGCUUAUAGAACAACCUUCAAGACACCUAUUGGCAUGUCUCCAUACCAAUUGGGCUCUAAAGAUGUUGAACUUUGAUCAUCAAGCUGCUGGGGAAAGAAGAUUGCUACAACUCAAUGAGCUAGAAGAAUUCAGAUCUCAAGCUUAUGAAAAUGACAAAAUUUACAAGGAAAAAGCAAAGAGGUGGCAUGACCAAAAGCUAGCAAGAAGAGAGUUUGUAGAAGGUCAAAAAGUGUUGCUGUACAACUCAAGGCUCAAGUUCUUCCCAGGAAAGCUAAAGUCAAGAUGGUCUGGACCCUUCACAACUCUUAAGGUGUCUUCCUAUGGUCAUAUAGAGCUUAUGGAGGACAAGACACAGAGGACUUUUACUAUCAAUGGCCACAGACUUAAGCAUUAUUUGGGAAACUCAUUGGAUGGGCAAAGAGUGAGCUUUAACCUCAGCUAA